GAUUUUUUACUUAUCCCUUCAACCUGGUUUCAGUAACAAACAACGCGUCAGGUUCACGCUCGAGAUCGAUGCUUUCAAUAUCCGCGAUUGUAUUCAGGAGCACAUUUGCAUUUAGGGUAAUGACAGAGCAUCUGGAGAAAUCUUGGUUUUCUGUGGUUGUAUUUAUUGCCUGACCGACAAGCGUAUAGGUUGCGCUUCCUUGAUGUGCUAGCUUCAUCGCAGAGAUACGCAUCCUUGUAGAUCAAAAGCUUAUCGUGAAUAAGACGACCACGUACUCCAUCGCUUUGCACAUCACUUCUCGUGCUUUCCCAUAGACACUUCCCACAGCGAAUCACAUGCUUCGAGAAGCCCUUGCGGACCGAAAAGGUCGUUCAUUUCAACUUUGAGCAGUUCCUCAAAAUCUGUCUCUUUACAUGAAGUUACACGAUCAAACUUUAAUGUUGCUUCUUUGCGAGCCCCUCGUCAUUUUGUGUAAUCUUGCAUAUGUUUCACAGUUCAUCUGACGUUUUAUUCAGCUGCUCCAGAAGUUCAUUUAAUGAUGAGAUUGCACUGCUGGCGGUUUAUGACAUCAUAAAGAUUAUCGGAAACUAUUUUUAGUUGUUGUCCUCUCACAAACCAUCUUUCACGUUAUAGUGACCAUUGGAAGGACAGGUUCAAGUUGAGUUAGUUUAGCUUCAAAUUUCUUCACGGAAUUACCGUUUUUUAUUUGUUUAUGUAUAUGUAUCACAGGCUCCAUCUGGAGUAUUGCGUGAGGGGGGGUAAAAAAAACAUUGUAUAGCGAAAACAGGAGAACAUGGCUAACAAAUUAAACAAGUACACUAACAGUGAAGGCAGCGCGAAUCAACAAGGUAAGAGAAUAAUAGUCACCACAAGCGCUUACUUGGCAAUGUUUGUUCAGACAACCCUCUGUUUAAACGUAAGCGGAACCGACUGGGCGUUUGCCACAAGUGAACGAAAUUUCACUACAGACAUGAAAAUCAGAAAACGAGUGAUGAAAAUCAAAAGGAAACCAUAAUGACAAAGUCCAGGCAUUAAAAUGCCUCAAAUGAAGAACACAUCAAUCAGGCAGCGUACAUCACGUCUCUAGCAAAUUUAUCUGUCUCAGCGUUAAAGCCCUUGAAGGCACACUAAUGCAUGUUUCGCAAGCUUUCUGGAUGAAAAGCGUUUGCAUUCUUUCUCGUGCCAAAUUAUUUUUUGUUUUUAAAGAAAACAAUUGACGUGCCGAAAAUGGCGACCAAAUUCCAGACACAAAAGUACUUUUGUUGGUUGUUCUUUGCAGCGUUUCUUCAAACAUGGAGAAAAGGCAUUUUCGACACUUAGAUCUGACAAUGGCAAAGUACAGCAAGCAGCCCGCGAAUCGUUGGACUCGACCCGGAUAGUAAGAGAGUUGCUGAGCCAGAAGAAAAGUCUCCUUCUGGGCCUGAUGCCACUAGACCCCUACAAGAAAUCACCAUACAGGUGCUUCAACUCCACCUUCGUGGGGACCGAUGGCGACUGGGUAUACCGUACUAUUUUCUACAGAAAGCUUGAAAAUCACCGCUGGAAAACUUGCAAAUACGAGCUCAAGUUUAUAGCUCGCGACGGUGUUGGGACCGCUCUCCUCGACGUUGCAGCGAAUGGUAGUGAAGAACUUCCCCCGACCGUGGAUCCAAGGUACACAGUUAUAUUCGUCACGAAUAGUUGCAUUAUAUUGCGUGACGACAAAACGGCAUUCUCUGAUAAACCUAUUUUCUUCAUGUGGCAAUUAGAACAGACAUACGACUACCCCUAUUACGACUGUCUAGAAGUUUAUGAAUUCAUAUCUAAGAGGCCUGGUUUCGACUCCCGCGCAGAAUGCAAUAACUGCUGUGAUAGUAUGCCUCAAAUAAUGCACAUGACCCACCGUGAUUGUGGCUUAGACAUGAGCAACAUUAACGUACCGUGACACAGGAAUUUCUCUGAUAUGUCAAGAUGCUGCAAGCCACGAUUUGUGUGAUUUUCGCCCUAACAAGUUAAAACCAACUACAAUAAAUAAAUUUCUGCCUAAAUAUUUUUA